AUGAAAGAAAAUAAACCCGAGGGUACAGAAUGCUCUGCCCAUCCAAAGCAAGAGUGUAAAGCCUUCUGCGAAUCUUGUGAUAUUCCCAUCUGUGUUUUAUGUGUAUCAAUCAAACAUAAAACACAUGAAAUUUGUGAAUUAUCAGAGAAGAUCGACACAUUGUCCGAUUUUAUAACGAAAGAAAAUGAACGGGUACAGUCGAUACAAUCUGAAAUAGAGAAAAUUCUCAAUCAUAUAGCUAAAAGAUCGGCGGCUCUUCCAAAUAUCUACAAACAGACGAGAUUUCAUAUUUCAGCCCAUGCAAGAGAGUGGCAUCAGGAGAUUGAUAAAGCAGAGACCCAACUGCUCAAAGACUUGGAUGUAUUGCAAGAAAAGCAUGCAGGAAUAUUAUUGAAGCAAAGGAAAGAACUUGAAGAAACACUUAAGAAAUUGAAAAUCCUUAAUCAAACAGACCUAAGCUUGGCAAAAUCCAAAGAUAUUUUUGGGUUAAUGGAACUUCAGCUUGAAUUUGAAAAUCAGCAGUUGCCAACCUAUAUAGAAGAAACACUACCAGCAUGCUUUCAGCCUUGUUUGUUCGAUGAAAACUUUACAACUUCGCAUUUUGGCUUCAUUAAUACACUAGAAUCGCAAAAACUACCUAUUGGUGAUCUGACACAAGAAGAAAAAACCUCAUUACGACAAGCUCUAGAUGUCCCUACAGUCUUGUCCGUCUUUGAUAACAGAGUUCCCCCAGCCAACAAAGAAAACGAGACCCGGCUAUAUGAUUUGGUCCCCUUCGAUGACGACAGAGUGUGGGUAGGAGGAUAUAGUUAUGAGCUCAAACUGUUUGAUUUCCAGGGACGUCUCCACAACACAGUCCCUAUCACAGAUUAUGGAGGGUAUCUGUCCCUGCAUGAUGGACAUGCAGUGUAUGCCAAUAGAAAUGACAAUACCGUGAAGAAGUUUAUAAACGGUAAAGAAGAAACAUUGUUCUGUACUAAAGAGUGGAAACCCUAUGGUAUGACCUGUACCGCAGCACUGGACUUCCUCGUCUGUCUUCGGACUUCAGAUGAAACAGAAUCAAAGGUCGUAAGAUACAGCAUUUCCUGUGACGUGCUGCAGGAAAUCCAGUACGACUCCCAGUACCAGCCUUUGUUUGGAAAAACAAAUUACGUAGUAGAGAAUGGUAAUGGCGACGUUUGUGUAGCAGACUGGGAUAAAAAAGCCAUCACAGUCGUUGACAAGUUCGGGAUAUUCAGGUUCUCCUACAAAGGGAACAAAGCUUUAAAGGAAAAUAUUCAUGGAGGAUCCCUUACCACAGACAGUAUGCGUCACAUCAUCAUCACUGACUAUCUAAGCAACAAAAUUCACAUGCUGGACAGGGACGGUCUAUUCCUGAGGUACAUCAUUCCUGAUCAGGGGAUACGGGAUCCACGGGCCGUGUGUGUCGUUAGGGAGGGGGAAUUAAUGGUGGGAGAAUGCAAUUCAGGAAAGGUUAAGAGAAUAAAGUAUUUAGACUGA